AUGGAAGUGCACACCGAUCCAAUCAACAGCGUGUCGAUCAACAGCACAGAGGACCUGGCACUGACGGGUAGCAUGGACAAGAAACUGCGUGUUUUUGCAUUGGAGAGCAACAAUUUGCGGUUCUUGUACGAAUUGGGUGGUCACCAGUCAGAGGUGACGAAGGCAAUUUUCAUUGGUGGCACAGACAUGAUAGCAUCCGCAGAUUUCACAGGCAAUUUGCUCCUGUGGGUCAUGGAUAGCAAGAAACACGUGCUUAAACAGCGCAUCAAGGUAUUUGAGGGCGCCAUUACGUCGUUGGCGGGGCAGUUCAACAAGGACGCUACUGUGUUCUGUGGUUGUGCAGACGGCAAGAUAAGGGCGUACAAGGUGACCGACACCGAGUACGGUGCGACCGAGAUGAGUUCGAACGAGUACGGCGUUACGUGUCUCUCGUGUAACGACGAGUACCUGGUGAGCGGAGGAAUUGACUUUAGGGUGAAUUUGUACGGCAAUAAUCAACUGCUUGAGACGUGUGCAGACCACGAGAACAGGGUGAAUGAUGUUGCUGUGUGUCCAUCCAACAAAUUUGGGGUGUUCUGCUUCGCAAGCUGUUCUGACGACAAGAGCGUGAUUAUCUACACGAAGGAGAAGGACGGCUACAAGAAGCAGCGAAUAGAUAUUGGUGAGGAGUGCUAUGAGCUGUGUUUCAGCAAGACGGGGUUCUGUCUUACCGUUGGAUAUGGGAAGAAUAAUUUUAAAGCAUUUGUGCCUGAUGAGAAUGGCAAUUUCAAGGAGACUGAGGUUGAGGAUAUCGUUAAUUAAAGGGUGUGAUUUAGGUAAUUGACGGGUAGAGGGUCGGCACCUGUGCACGGUAUGCGAUGCGCAACGGCAACCACGUAGAAGAAACAUAUGCCAUCCCAGUGAUAAUUCAUGCGCUUCUUAAAAAGCUGAGUGAUGAGCGUACACGUGUCCGUGAUUACCACCCUCGGCGGAUUAUCGUACGUGUUCACGUAUGCAAUGAAAUCUUUGUGCGUGACCAAUCGAAAUAAAUGCGAUGCGAAGUGCGGCUGGAGCAGUAG